UGGGUAGAAGACGGCGAGCUCUGCUUCGGCGCCAUUUUGUGGUGCUUGACAGAAACCGUGGCGGUUGUUGUUGCGGCUCCUACGGUAGCAGGACGGUCCUUCUCCCUUUCCCCCUUCCCGAUUGACGUCUUAGCUUAUUUUAGAACCAGUAAAAUCAACAAUUGAAGGCAAGCUAUGGGUUCAGACAAACGUGUGAGCAGAACUGAACGGAGUGGAAGAUACGGCUCUAUCAUAGAUCGGGAUGACCGGGACGACCGGGAUUCCAGAAGCCGACGACGGGAUUCUGACUAUAAAAGAUCUAGUGAGGAACGCAGAAGUGACAGAUAUGAUGAUUAUCGAGAUUAUGAUGGCAGAGAUUAUGAUGGUAGAGAUUAUGAUGGCAGAGAUUAUGACAGCCCUGAGAGGGAACGUGAACGGCGUAAUAGCGACAAAUCAGAAGAUGGGUAUCAUUCUGAUGGAGACUAUGGAGAACAUGACUAUAGAAAUGACAUUAAUGAUGAGAAAGAAAGCAAGACGAUCAUGUUGCGUGGGCUCCCUAUUACUGUUACAGACUAUGAUAUUCGAGAGAUCAUUGAAUCCUGUGAAGGCCCUCGGCCUGCAGAUGUGAGGCUGAUGAAGAGAAAGACAGGUGUAAGCCGUGGUUUCGCCUUCGUGGAGUUUUAUCACUUUCAAGAUGCUACCAGCUGGAUGGAAGCCAAUCAGAAAAAACUGUUGAUUCAAGGGAAACAAAUUGCGAUGCACUACAGCAAUCCAAGGCCUAAAUUUGAAGACUGGCUUUGUAACAAGUGCUGCCUUUACAACUUCAGGAGGCGACUAAAAUGCUUCCGUUGUGGAGCAGAUAAAUUUGAUUCAGAGCAGGAGGUACCACCUGGAGGACCAGAGGCUGUUCAGUCUGUGGACUACUACUGUGAUACUCUUAUUCUCAGAAACAUAGCUCCACACACAGUAGUGGAAUCGAUCAUGACAGCUCUCUCACCAUAUGCUUCUCUGGCAGUAAAUAACAUUCGGCUUAUUAAAGACAAACAGACCCAGCAGAAUAGAGGCUUUGCUUUUGUACAGUUGUCUUCGGCAAUGGAUGCUUCUCAGUUGUUGCAGAUUUUGCAGAGUCUUCAGCCACCUCUGAAAAUAGAUGGCAAAACAAUUGGUGUGGAUUUUGCAAAGAGUGCUAGGAAGGAUUUGCUUCUCCCAGAUGGCAAUCGUGUCAGUGCUUUCUCUGUUGCUAGUACAGCAAUUGCUGCAGCCCAAUGGUCAUCAACCCAGCCUCAGAGUGGAGAAGGUGGCGCAGUUGAUUUCAACUACCUUCAAUUAGGACAGGAUGGCUACACCCAGUACACUCAGUGUUCACAGGAUUAUCAGCAGUUUUACCAGAAUCAAGCAGGAGCAUUGGAUACAGAUACAGCUACAAUAUCAGGUGCUCCAGUUACAACUGCUACUACAGCAGCUGUUGUUUCCCAGAGUCCUCAGUUGUAUAAUCAACAGAGCAACUCACCUGAUUCUCCGACACAGGCAGCCCUGCCAUGCACUAGUUCCCAACUACAACCAUCUUCUUCAACUGGGAUAGUCCCUGGCACCAAAUAUGCUAUUCCAGAUACUUCUACAUAUCAAUAUGAUGAAUCAUCAGGUUUCUAUUAUGAUCCUGUGACAGGGCUCUAUUAUGAUCCGAACUCCCAGUACUACUACAAUGCAAUAACACAACAGUAUCUUUACUGGGAUGGUGAGAAAGAAACCUACAUGCCUGCAGCAGAGGGCACAACAUAUCAACAAAGUAAUGCAUCUUCCACCAAAGAAGGGAAAGAAAAGAAAGAGAAACCCAAGAGUAAAACUGCACAGCAGAUUGCUAAAGACAUGGAACGUUGGGCUAAGAGCCUAAACAAACAGAAGGAGAACUUCAAGAAUAGCUUCCAGCCUCUGAAUGCAAGGGAGGAAGAAAGAAGAGAAUCUGCAGCAGCAGAUGCUGGUUUUGCUCUGUUUGAGAAAAAGGGCACCUUGUCUGAGAGACAGCAGAUAAUGACAGAAGUGAUAAAGAAUGGUGAUGAUGAUAACCCACUGAAACGUGGAUUGGUGGCUGCUUACAGUGGGGACAGUGAUAAUGAAGAGGAUUUCUUGGAAAGACUGGAGAAUGAGGAAGAAAAGUUAACAGAUUGGAAAAAGUUGGCCUGUUUAUUAUGUAGAAGACAGUUUCCAAAUAAAGAAGCUCUAGUCAGGCACCAGCAGCUCUCUGACCUGCACAAGCAAAACAUGGACAUCUAUAGAAGAUCUAGACUAUCGGAACAAGAACUUGAAGCCUUGGAAAUGCGUGAGAGAGAGAUGAAAUAUAGAGACAGAGCGGCUGAAAGACGUGAGAAGUAUGGGAUACCAGAGCCACCUGAACCAAAGCGGAAAAAAGUGUUUGAUGCAAGCACUGUGAAUUACGAGCAACCCACUAAGGAUGGCAUUGACCACAGCAAUAUUGGCAAUAAAAUGCUUCAGGCCAUGGGGUGGAGGGAAGGUUCAGGAUUAGGAAGGAAAUGUCAAGGCAUAACAGCUCCCAUUGAGGCUCAAGUGAGAAUGAGGGGAGCUGGCCUAGGAGCAAAAGGUAGUUCUUAUGGUGUCUCAACAGCAGACUCAUACAAAGAUGCAGUGCGGAAAGCUAUGUUUGCCCGAUUCACUGAAAUGGAAUAAGCUCUGUCCAUCUUGGAAUCAUAAAAGGCAUGAAACAUUUAACUCUUCUCCCAAAAUAACUGUUAAAACCCUUAUGGCCUUGGAGGCAGUGUAGUGUUUUAGUUAUGGCUUGAGGUUAACCACUUCUAUUCCAGGUUUUCCUUUCCUUCCAGCGUGUAAUGGUUUCCAUGAUGGAUCAUAGAACGCAGAGCAUCACAGCUUCAUGUUGGAAGAACCAUAACUAGAUAAAAAGGGGGGUGCUGCAUCUUUAUACAUAUUUGUAUAUAGUGUAAAUUAAUGUGUUGUGUUCAGAGGUUUGCGUAGUCUAAAAGCCACUCCUGUCCUGUGGAUCAGUUGAGGAAGUGUUAAGAUGAUUUGACACUGCUGUAUCUGCUGACUUUGUAUUGUUUCUCAUUUUUGGCAAAACUUUCCUGUACAUUUUGUAAGAUAACUAUUUGUAUAGAUUUUUUUGAAGAUUUUGAUUCUAGAUGCCAGUCCAGGCUUCUUUCAAAACGAAAUAAAACCUAAACCAAA